AGCCGCCACCUCCGGGACUACCGCAACUAGGGCGGCAGCGGCGCGGGCGGAGGCGAGGGGCGGGAUUGGCCAGCGCAGGCAGCGGGGGUUUGGGAAGGACGAAGUCGCUUGCUGCUGUCGAGAGCGCACUCGUCACCCCUGAAGUGUUGUCGCCUCAGUUCCUCGGCUUUGCUCUCCUAGAAGGGGCGGCCGCCUUCAGGUGACACAGACGGGAUUUCCGCUUGCGCUUUCCAGAUGCAUCAGAGAUACUUUUGGACUGAGCAGGGCCAAGUGGCGCUCGGCGGGCACUUCAUGGAGGAGGGCGAAGGGUACUUUGCAAUGGCCGAGGACGAGCUAACCGGAGGCUCCUACAUCCCCCUGGGCGGCGACUUCAGCAGCGGAGACUUAGGCGGCGGUAGUGGCGACGGCGGCGGCUUCGAUGGGCACUGCUUGGACUAUUGCGAAAGCCCCACGGCGCACUGCAACGUGCUGAACUGGGAGCAAGUGCAACGACUGGACGGCAUCCUGAGCGAGACCAUCCCGAUCCACGGGCGCGGCAACUUCCCCACGCUUGAGCUGCAGCCCAGCCUGAUCGUGAAGGUGGUGCGGCGGCGCCUGGCGGAGAAGCGCAUCGGCGUCCGCGACGUGCGCCUCAACGGCUCGGCCGCCAGCCACGUCCUGCACCAGGACAGCGGCCUGGGCUACAAGGACCUGGACCUCAUCUUCUGCGCCGACCUGCGCGGGGAAGAGGAGUUUCAGACUGUGAAGGACGUCGUGCUGGACUGCCUGUUGGACUUCUUACCCGAAGGGGUGAACAAAGAAAAGAUCACACCACUCACGCUCAAGGAAGCUUAUGUGCAGAAAAUGGUUAAAGUGUGCAAUGACUCUGACCGAUGGAGUCUUAUCUCCCUGUCAAACAACAGUGGCAAAAAUGUGGAACUGAAAUUUGUGGAUUCUCUCCGAAGGCAGUUUGAAUUCAGUGUAGAUUCUUUUCAAAUCAAAUUAGACUCUCUUCUCCUCUUUUAUGAGUGUUCAGAGAACCCAAUGACUGAAACUUUUCACCCCACUAUCAUUGGUGAGAGCGUCUACGGCGAUUUCCACGAAGCUUUUGAUCACCUUUGUAACAAGAUCAUUGCCACCAGAAACCCAGAGGAAAUCAGAGGGGGAGGCCUGCUUAAGUACUGCAACCUCUUAGUGAGGGGCUUUAGGCCCGCCUCGGAUGAGAUCAAGACCCUUCAGAGAUAUAUGUGUUCCAGGUUUUUCAUCGACUUCUCAGACAUUGGAGAGCAGCAGAGAAAACUGGAGUCCUAUUUGCAGAACCAUUUCGUGGGAUUAGAAGACCGCAAGUAUGAUUAUCUCAUGACCCUUCACGGAGUGGUGAAUGAGAGUACGGUGUGCCUGAUGGGACAUGAAAGAAGACAGACUUUAAACCUUAUCACAAUGCUGGCUAUCCGGGUGCUAGCAGACCAAAAUGUUAUCCCUAAUGUGGCCAAUGUCACUUGCUAUUACCAGCCGGCCCCCUAUGUAGCAGAUGCCAACUUUAGCAAUUAUUACAUUGCACAGGUUCAGCCAGUGUUCACAUGCCAGCAACAGACAUACUCCACUUGGCUACCCUGUAAUUGAAGAUCAUUUAAAAAUGCCCGGUGGGGAAGCCAUUUCAGACAAGCUAGAGGGGAAAAAAAAAUGACCCAGCCCUGAUUAGGGGUGUGUUUUGUGCAAUGCUGAUCUGCUCCUGAUUUUAAGGCUGGCAGAGGUUGUAGAUUUUUUUUUUAUAGGUAUGGGAGCAUGAUCUACAAAUAACUUUUACCCACCCCCUCCCCCCAAACCUUCCCACCUCGUCGUCUUACCCAAUUGGAUUCUUCCUUGGAAUACAAGAGAACUGUCAUUAAAAGCAGCCAGAUUCUCCUAAAAUAACAAGAGAAAAAUGCUUGAUGACAAUAUGGGUUUGCAGUCAGUACCUGCUCCCAUAGCUUUGCCACAGAGGGGGUGAAAAAUGGAAAGUUUCUUUUAAGAGGUAAUUCACAAAAGGGAAAAUACAGAAAAAAAGUUCUCACUCCAAGGAAUUUAUAAAUUCAGGAGUUCAGAUAGUAACAGUACAGGAAGAAGGGGGAACUCCAACACUGAGAUCUCUGUUGGGGCUUAUAGCAAGUUCUUUCUGUGGAAUGAUGCUAUUUAGCUAACAGAAACAGCUUGUUCCAAAUAAACAGUAGUAGGUUGGUGCAGUUCUCAUAACCAACAUCAGAAUAUAUGAUGACACAAUCUAUUAUUUCCAGCUGCGCUCGUAGCUCGCAUUUUUUAAAAUGUGAAAAUGCAGGCAAAAACAGCUGUAGCAAAGAAAGUACGCUUAAGGACCAAAGAUUUAACAGGUUAAAAUACCCAAGUAGAAGAGAUAGAAUAUAUAAAGAGUUACUAUAUUUGUUACACACCAAUAUACAUCAAAGUGCCUGUUACCUUCUGAAAAUUUGAAGUGGAAAAAAUUAUUUUAUGGUUUAAUGAUUAUUUUAUUUUAUCAGGGACUCGAAGAAAAAAACACAUAAGCUUGUGAAUGGUGGAGGAAAUGCCCUAUAUUUUUUCUUGGCAAAUACUUGUAUAAAGUUAACGUUGUUGGUGUGAUAUUAUCAUAGGUACAUGUGUAUGUGUGUGUAUAUUAUGUGUGUGUAUAUGCAUAUUUAGGAUACGUAUAUAUACACACAGUACAUUGACUAUGAUCUAAAAUAAUGUAGCAAAUAGAUGUUUAAAUACUGUGUGCUUUUAUGUUUUCAACAGGAUGACAUGAGACGUGGGCAUAUUGCAGUGAUGAAUUAAAACCCACAUCUAAAAAAUUAAAGCAGAUGAAGGAAGGAAACAAGUAAUAUAUUUGAUAGGAAAACAGAUUAUACAUUUUUAGUGAGGUUCUCCCUCCCCCCACUUUUUUUUUUUUUUUGUGAGCCAUAGACUUUCACAAGUGGGAGAAUAUUUGUUUGGCAGAGCACUCUUUUAUACUGAACUGUCAUUUUGACAGAUUGAACUUUUUUUUUUUUUUAAAUGCAUAUCUCCAUGGUUUAUAAUCCAGUGGAUCAUGGAUCAAUGAUAGGCUAUUUAAAUCCCUGACUGCUAAAAAAUAUUUUUUCUGGUGAUCUAAACACUACUUACUACUACUUAAAUGAAUUUUUAAAUGAAUGCAUUCUGCAUUCCACGACCACUAGGAUUUCAAAAUGUGAAAUGACCCUUUUUAAAGAGUAUUUGCACAAUUGCUUAAAAUUUAUAUAUGAGAUAUAUAUUAUAUAUAAAAUUUUAUAAAUUCAUGCCAAGAUGAAACAUCUUUGAUCUGGUUGUCACACUGCAUUUAAAUAUUUAGUACUGUACUUUAAAUCACUUUGCAUUAAAACAAUCCCAACUUUAUUUUCUUUCUUUCCCGAGAGACUGUACCUUUGUGAAAUGAACUGGCAUCGCUGCUCCAGUUCAGUGACACCUAAUCCUGAAGCCACCCAUUCUCCCAGCCCCUAAUUCCUCUAGACACUGGCCUCUGAAAUUGUGUUUGUUAAAAACAAAACUAGCCUUCCCUUUGUUUGAUGAAACCAGGGCUUCAAACCUAUUAGGCUCAAACCCCUGCCGAGAAUUUGCAUUUCUAACAGGUUCCCUGCUAAGCAUUUGCAUUUCUAACAAGCUCCCAGAAAGUUGUACAUAAAAAUCCCCUGGGCAUCUUGUUAAAAUAUAGAUUCUGAUUCAGUAUAUCUGGGCUGGAAAUGGAGCUCUGGUGGUACAGUGGUUAAGCGCUUGGCAGCUUAACCAAAAGACUGGCAGUUCAAAUCCACCAGCCGCUCCUUGGAAACUCUGUGGGGCAGUCCUACCCUGUCCUUAUAGGGUCGCUAUGAGUCGGAAUCGACUCAACGGGAGUGAGUUUGGUUUUUUUGCGGGGGGGGUUGGGGGAAAUGGAAAUGCAGAUUCUCAGCAGGGAACUUGUUAGCAAAUUCUCAGCAGGGGUUUGGACGGGAACAAAUGAGCUCAAAACCUCGAGUGAAAUAACCACGUAAUCCCCACCAACCUUAGUGGGUGAUUGUUUACUUUGAUAAUUCCUCAGAAGAUCCAACCAGAAUAUUUUUGUCAUCAGUAAAUAAAGAGGGAUUUAGGAAGAAAGUAGCAUCAUCCUAUUGGCAGUGUAAUAUUUUUGUUGUUUAUUUGUUAUCUGGGGAUCACUGAGGUGCACAGUGCUAGGUUAAUCUAUCUGGUCUACCUUUUGUGCGUCUUUCUCUGGAGCUUUAAUGGGAACUUGAUGGAUUUGUCUUUGCAGCUUCCCUGUGAAUUCUGUCAGAGUUGUAACAGCUAUUGCACUGCCACUCACUGUUUCCUAGGGAACUCUUCCUACUCCCAAGUGGGCUCAGCCUCCUUCACUCCAACCCUGGGUUUGAAAAGUUAAUUGCGAAUUCCCAGGAAACAUUAUUUGCAGAUUAAGCCUGACACUCACCUGUCAGAAACCAAUGCUCUGCCUGCUUCACUGUUUGGAAGCUUUCUAACAGAAAACUAAGGGAAGGCCCAGAAACAGGUACAACUGGUGACCUGGUUUCUUCCUUUUCAUCCCAACUCUUGUCAACUGAGAUGUCCACUAUUCUAAAGAGUCUGGAGGUCUCUAGCUCUGCCAUAGCAACAACCUGCUGUUAAUAUAUGACACAGAUUUUUGUUUGGAGGAGCUUUAUUUUAAAAUAUAUUUUUCAUUUAUUUUCUCAAAUAUUUAUGUUCUUUUUUUCUUGCUUACUCCAGGGUUGGUAGCAUAGUUCCAAGUGCCAGCACCUGGCAAUCAGAUAGAACAGGCUGUACUCAAGACAACUUUGAGCAUUUACUUUAAGACCUAUAUAAUUUAUUUCUCUUUUGUAUGUACUAUAGUCUUGUGCAUAUGUAGUUGAACAAACAGUGGAAUAUAUGUCUCUCUUUGUGGCUGUGUGGCCUAAAAUUCUGAAUGUCUGAUGAGAGAGAGCCAUGUGUAUAGGUCAGAAAAAAGAACAACUCUCAACUCCCAAUUAGUGCCUGUGAUUUGCUUGCUUUUGUGUUUUUCUGGCCUAGUGUGCUGUUACUUUAAAACAGGAAGAAGUUUUGUCUUCUGGAGGCUCUUCUCACCUGUCCAGUUUGGCUUGUCAGAGAACACUUAACCUGUGACGAUGCCCUUUUGAAAGGUUUACUUCAUUUGCAGUAAAUCCAGCUGCCUCAAGAAUUGUACACCAAGGUGAACUUUUCCCUUCUAGAGAUAGGAUGAAGUAUCUGCUCACUUUGGUACUGGGUGGACUAUUUUAACGUGCCUCCAAAAACUGCAAGGAUGGAAGAAUAUCUGUAAUCCAAGCCAAGAAGGAAAUAAAAUGAGAACAUAAUUUUUACCACCUCUUUCUGUUCGCUUAUUGUUGGUUGCUUUACUGUGCAUAAAGUUUUCAAUGCAAUGCUUGUUAAAUGAAUAUUGUGAACUAUUUUGUAAAUGAAAUGUAUUCUGUUGAAAGCUGUCAGCCGUUCAAAAAUAAGCUUUUUUUGUUGUUACUGUUGAAGAUGAAAUGUGUUAGAUCAAACCAAAAAGCCAAAAAAAAAAAAAAAAAAUUUCAUAU